AGAACAUGGCUCAAUGCAGCAUGUCGGGAGUGCAGGAAAGGAUCCUUUGGCGGACAUGGAGCCCUAUGUCUUUGAGACCAAGCGGGGCAUGUGCAACUGGAAGUUGCAGGUCGCCCCCAGUGGACUUCACCCCAUCGACCUCCCUCAUCCAGGAGCAAAGUUUGAUCCUUUCGGCCAGUGCAGCUGUCAUUUGCCAUACGAGGCCGCGACAAAAACAUCGCAGCAGGCGUUUCGGAGGCACCCACAAAGCAUCGUCAGUGCGGAAGGUCCGGGUGGCCUGCCAUGCAGAAGAUGAUGAACUUGUCCGCAAGAUCAUGGAGGUGUCGCCUGAUAAGGAGGUGAUCCUCAAAAGCGGCCGGUCUGAGGAGGAAGAAGAGGAACUGCAGCGUUUUGCCCGAGAAUGGCUGGAAGAGCAAGGCGAAGACUAUGAUCCAUCGACUUUGAAGGUGAUCGAAGUCAAAGAGCGGACCAUGAAGGAUGAUCCUGAGAAGAAAUACCGUGCAGAUAAGACACUCAUGAUGGAGACCUACGACCGCGGGGAGAUUCAGUUGAUAGAAAAAUCAUGUACGGAUUUGCUGGCUGUCAAGCCACAUGACGCGGAAGUUUGGAGAAUACGAACGUUGGGACGUUUGAGGCUCAAGUUGUGGGAUUCUGCCCUGGAAGCUGCCCGGCGUUGGAUUGCCUUUGAGCCUCAGUCCUUGAACCCGCGCUGCGCAGAAGCCUUUGCGCAAGCGGGCAGCCAGGAAGCAACGCAAGUCAAAGAAGCUCGCGUUCGCUUUGCCCAGCUCUACAAAGAGGUCAACAAAAUGGAAGGAGAAGGGAUCCGAGAUGUAUCUGUUGAGUUGCAAGAAUGUGUGUGGCGAUGCGAUGAGUUGCUGGAGCAUCGCAAAGCGGAAGAUGCUAUGGCAGAGGCUCACGAGCCCUGCAACCUUAGCGCUCGGCCUGCAACGGUCCUCACAGGAGCUAGGCCGCCACAUUUCUUCCUCCCAAACUUUGCAGACUCCAUUGGCCCUGUUCGUGUGGCGAAUGCGGAGCCAGAAGAGCUUGGAGGAGGCUCCUCUCAUCCCAGAAAACUGCUCGCAACCAGAGACGUUGAGGCUGGGGGCCCCUUAUUUGUCCAGAAUGCCUUGGCCUUCGCCACCUUGGACCGGGCCGAGGACAUUGCGCGCCUAAAGUUCUCUUUGGUGACAGCAGCAACAUUGUCGCCAAGACAAGCAAAAUUACUGGACAUCUUGCUCGACGAGAGUGACAUGGAUGACUCAGACAGUGAAGAGGUGAUGGAAGCUCUUCGAGACCCUAAGGUCGUGCGAGAAUCACCCUGGAGCACAGACAAUGAUGAUAUGGCACGGCAAUUCAAGGACUGUGAGAAGCUUGUCUUGCGCUCCCAGAUCCGCACUGGUAAGAAGUUCAGUGGAAUUUGGACGCUACCUGCCUUGGCAAGGCAUAGUUGCACACCCUCAGCUACCUACACGAUCUGGGGUGACGUCCUGAUGGCCCGAGCAGCUAGGCCUCUCAAAGCAGGCGACGAGGUGACGUUUGCAUUUCACGAGAUUUGGUUCCCCUUGGAGAUGCGGCAGGAGAAAUUUACCACUGCUGGGUUUUGGUGCAGGUGUCCCCGAUGUGAGAAGGAAGCCUCCUUUGACAAACGGGCUGAAAUAGCAUCAGCGGAUCUUGAAUUCAGGUUCGACAAACAGAGAAGCCGAACCCAAGCAGUGCUCCAAACAUUGGAUCUCAAGCUGGAAGAGCGCAAACAGGACUUGGCGAAACAGUACGAUAAGAUCCGAGACAACGAGCAACUCAACAAGGAGUUCGAGUCAGGGCUUUUGGGCUUGGCCGACCGCUUCAAGAAUCUCAAGGACGCGCCAACCGAUGCCGACAUUGAAGAGUUGAGGAAGUAUUUUCCUGAACGGAACGAACCCGAGCUUGUUGAUGUGAAAGCGGAUUUGGUGGAUGAUCUCCUUGAUGCUGUCAUCACUUUCGAACAAAAGGUUGAUGAGUUGGAGAUGCCUGAUCAGCAUCGCCACUGGCUCAUUGCAAACCACUUGGGCCAAUACGGCGAGCUUCUGACAUUGCUGCGGCUCCGAAAAGAUGUCGAGGCGCAGAAACGUGUCGUGAAUCGCAUUCUUGAGGCAGUGGCUCAGACUCAUCCGGGAUGCUUCCAGCAGCAGCGUUUGUCUGUUCUUCUUUGGGAGGUCUCUGCUGUGUGCGCUGACCCUUCCCUGCAGCGAAAGGAUGUCAUGGAUCUCAUACCCAAGGAGCUCGAAAGAGUGCGGGAUGCGAUCAAGCUCCGAUACGGUCAGGAUUUGGAUGACACGGAGCUUGCGGCUGCUUUGGCACGGAUAUCUUCAACGAGCGACAUCGAUGAAAACUGGAUGUGGGACAUCACGUGGUGCGCUGGACGCAAUCCUGGAAUUGAACCAGCCAGAGGGCCGUCUGGUAAGGUGCUUCCCGUGUUGGGCUCUAUGAUUCUGGUUUGAGCGGAGUGGCCGAGGAUGACACCCCCCCUGGCGCAUCUUACUUUGCACGCAACCUCUCGAGCACUUCAACCCAUGUGAGACGGCUAAAGCGGCUAAAGCGACAGCAAACACUUGAAAGAAAAAAUACAACUGCCGGCUGUUUCAAACAUGUUUUUGGUGAUUCGAAGGAGCGAGUUUCAUGACGAGCAGCUGCUUUAGCCGUCCAACGUUCUCAAUCCUCCCGCAGCUGCUUUGGCUCGAUGCAGAUGAGUCUGGACACGGCAUACCAGCUGCCCCU